CCCGCAGGCAAGGCAGCCCACACCCAGCCUCUGCCGGAUCUCGUUAAACAGGCAGCUCCCGACGGAUCGAUGCCAGCCAAAUGAUGACCAGUUGUGGCCAGCAGUCCUUGAACGUGCUCACCGUCCUCUCGUUGCUGAUUUCUGCAGUCUUGUCCGCGCAUUUCCGGGUCUGUGAGCCGUAUACGGACCACAAAGGCCGCUAUCACUUUGGCUUCCACUGCCCCCGGCUCUCGGACAACAAAACCUUCAUUCUCUGCUGUCACCAUAACAACACGGUUUUCAAAUACUGCUGCAACGAGACAGAGUUCCAGGCGGUGAUGCAGGCGAACCUCACGGCCGGCUCCGAGGGCUACAUGCACAAGUGA